AACCUCCAGCAGGCGGUUUCUUGUGUGAGCGGCCCGGCGGGUUUUGCCGGGAGCACCGAGAGGCGGGGACAUGCAGUCAAAAAUGGAGCUGGUGGAGGUCCUGAGGCGCGGACUGCAGCAGGUCAGCGGGCACGGCGGCCUGCGGGGCUUCCUAAAGAUUUUCUUCAGGGCAAAUGAUAUUAGGCUUGGUACCUUGGUGGGAGAAGACAAAUAUGGAAACAAAUACUAUGAGGACAACAAGCAAUUUUUUGGCCGUCACCGAUGGGUCAUCUACACCACGGAAAUGAACGGCAAAAACACAUUCUGGGAUGUGGAUGGAAGCAUGGUGCCUCCUGAAUGGCACCGUUGGCUUCACUGCAUGACUGACGACCCUCCGACAACAAAGCCACCUACUGCUCGUAAAUUCAUCUGGGCAAACCACAAAUUCAACGUGAGUGGCACUCCAGAGCAAUAUGUUCCUUAUUCCACCACGAGAAAGAAGAUUCACGAAUGGGUCCCACCUUCGACACCUUACAAGUGACAACAGUGAAGAGAGGAUGGUACAGGAUUUUCCUUGGACUCAUACUUGUACAGCUGACCAUGAACUUGAUUAAAGUUGAUUGACCAGGCA